GUUCAUUGGAAGUUAUUUUGUGCUGUUUAAUUGUGUUGUCACAGAAGCCUUGUGUAAAGUAGGCUAUGCUCUUUGGCCUUUCAGAUCACUCCAUUUCAUGCCUCUCUGGUGGUAUUUGUUGGGAAAGCUUGUGGAGCGGUUGCAGAUCCCAUUGCUGGCUUUUUUAUUAGCAAAAGCAAAUGGACCAAAAUUGGCCGACUCAUGCCUUGGAUGUUGAGUUGUACCCCUUUCAUCAUUGUGUCCUAUUUCUUUCUGUGGUACCUGCCUCCCUUCACAGCUGGAAGAGUUGUGUGGUAUCUGGCUUUCUACUGCCUUUUCCAGGCACUGACCACAUUCUUCCUGGUACCGUACUGUGCUCUUACCAUGUUUCUCAGCACUGAUGAGAAGGAUCGAGAUUCAGCGACAGCAUACCGAAUCACAGUGGAAGUUCUUGGGACGUUAAUUGGAGCUGCACUCCAGGGACAGAUAGUUGCCAGUGCUCAUGCCUCAGAUCAUUGUAGCCAAAAUUCAACUGUAAGCUUUUUGAACUCUUCCAACCUGCAACAAAACAGUUCUAGCUUCCUCAGCCUGGCUCAUGGAAGAAAUGUCUACAUGAUUGCGGCAGGGGUCAUAGGAGGAAUCUACCUUGUUAGCACCGUUAUCCUUUUCCUUGGAGUGAAAGAAAAAGAUGAUCCUUAUGCCUUAAGUUCAGACAAAACAGUUCCUUUCUUUAAGGGACUCAGACUCACAAUGAAGUAUGGACCAUACAUGAAAUUUACAGCAUCAUUUCUUCUGAUUUCAACAGCAGUUCAGCUCGAACAAGGCAACUUUGUCCUCUUUUGUACCCAUACGGCCGGCCUUCGCAGCCACUUCCAGAAUUUAGUGAUGACCAUCUUGGUGUCAGCGGUCCUGAGCAUGCCAUUCUGGCAAUGGUUCCUGCAGCGUUUUGGCAAAAAGGAAGCAGCGUGUGGGAUCUGUUGGAUGAUUCCUUUUGUGAUCAUGCUGGUGACCAUCCCUAACCUGAUUGUAGCUUACACAGUGGCUUUUGUAUCCGGGUUGAGCAUUGCGGCAUCCUUGCUGUUGCCAUGGGCCAUGUUGCCAGAUGUGGUUGACCACUUUCGCCUGCAGAAUCCUCAUUUGACAGGACAUGAAACCAUCUUCUAUUCCUCAUAUGUCUUUUUUACCAAGAUGUCAGCAGGAAUUGGACUUGGCAUUUCUGCAUCCUCUCUGGAGUUUGUUGGUUACGAAUCAGGUACCUGCAGACAGUCUGACAGUGUGGUUGCCAUGCUGAAGGUUUUUGUUGGAGGGGUCCCUGCUGGCCUCAUCUUCUUAGGCUUAUUCAUCCUCAUCUUCUAUCCAAUCAACAAAAGGAGUCAAAAAGAAACCAAACUUGCCCUGGAAAUGCUAAGACAGAGUCAUCCAAGCACUGAAAAUCUUAAUGAGAAUGAAGAAAACACUUCAGUUUGAAAGCCUGAAUGGAAGUCACUGGUGGCAAGGGAAUAUCUGAC